UCUCUUCAAAAGGGGGAUGGAAAUUCAUUUCUGAUUGAAAAUUGUUUAUGCAAACAUUUAUUUUUCAAUUUUUUUUAAAAAACAAAAUCGUGUGUACCAAAAAUUUAAUAAAUAUGGAUACGCUCAAUGUUCCCAAGAAAAUUCAUCGCCAUAGCCUAAAGGCUGUAAACCAAUUAAGUGGAGGAAACGUUAAAAAGACCAUUCCCUUGAAGCAAAUUCUGGACCAAGUUCGUUACCAAAUGAGAGAUUUGGUGCCUGUGAAUCAAUUUGAGAUGACCGUUCAAAAAUCGUUGCAUAUUUUAAGCGAUUUGGGACUGAUCAAGAAAUCUGGUAAAAAUAGCUACACUAUUGGUCGUGCGUAUGGGGCAACACUUUUGGAAAAAUCAAGGCCUAAAUUGAUAUCCAAAUCAAAACCCCCUCUCAAGAAAUCCCUCAAAAGAAACUAUGCCAAAGAUAAUGAUAACCCGGAAGAUGAUUUCUUGACUUCAAGUAGUCAUAAAAGAAUGCGCAAAAACACAACAAAUUUUCGUAAUCUUGGCUUUAAUGAUCAACUGCCACAGUUUAAUCUAAUAGCAACCGGCAACUUACAGACAAUACAACCAGAAUUGUUUCCCUCAUAUGAGCGUUCUUAUUCGGAUAGCCUUUUAAUGGGUGGCAAUUUUAAUAUUGUCCCGAAUGUUUCGUCAAGGCCAGUGAAUUUCGAGAUUUUGCAUCAUCACUUCAAUGCGGACUACAACUUGACACCUUCUCCUGUACCCUCCUGGAAAUUUUUUGAAAGACCACCAUAUUUUCCCGUUCUGGAAACUGACGACAAAGAUAAUACGAAUGACUUGCCACAAGUUGAAUUAGAAAAAAAUGCGGAUGCCUUGAUUUCAAAUCAAUCCAAAGACGAUAUGGAUACAGUUGGUCAAAAGUUUUCUCAUUUAAAUAUAAGCCAAGAUAAUUCUUUGCAAAAUUCAGUCAAUGAAAAUGGCGUUUCCAAAGAGAAAAAUGUUUCUCCCUCAACCGCAGUGAAAGUGGAAUCAAAUUCUUGUCAAGAGAAUCCAACAACCGAAUGUUCAAACCAGUAGAAGUUUAUGGUCCCCUCAAAUCUUGAGUUUGGACAUUUUUAAUGAUAUUUGUUUUCGUAAAAUUUUGUUUUAAAAAUGUGAGGGAGAGCAAUAAAAAUGUGUAGACAAUUUUGAAAAA